AGUGCGGGCGCCAUGGCCAGCGGCUACCACAGGCUCCUUCACAGGCUCCCCAGAGGCUACUCUCUCGCCUUUGCUUAUGGCUCUGGAGUCUUCAAACAACUUGGCCACAAGAAUGUCAGAGAUAACAUGAUAGACUUCACCUUGGCUGUUCAAGAUCCUGUAGAAUGGCAUAAAGCAAAUAUGGUUCUUAACCCCAACGACUACUCUGCCCUGCGGUUUGGUGGACCUCACUUCAUAGCCAGCGUCCAGCAAAACUGGGGUGCUAAAAUAUAUUUUAAUACCCUAAUCCCAACACACGAAGGGAUGAUGAAAUAUGGGGUGAUAUCUCGCGCUAACUUAAUAACUGACCUACUAGACUGGGAUACCCUGUAUGUUGCUGGCCGCCUACACAAGCCUGUCCUCAUGCUGCACCAGGAUUCUGAGGAUGAAGAAUUACGCAGUGCGCUGAAAAUAAAUCUGUAUGCAGCCAUUCACACAGCUCUUCUUUUAUUACCAGAGUCAUUUAGUGAGGACCAGCUUUAUUUGGCUCUAGCGGGCCUCUCUUACACAGGUGAUUUUCGUAUGCAUGUAGGAGAAGACCAGGAUAAGGUGCGAAACAUAGUUCAAGCACAAACACAAGAAUUUCGAAGUCUCUAUCUGCCAGUGUUAAAGGAACUGGAAGAAUAUGUUAUCGUGGAUCAGUUUAAAGGAAUGGGAGAACAGGACACCUCACCUCCAGCUCGACUCUAUCACCUCUCAAUGCUGCCUAAAAAAUUGCAGCUUAUGCUGAUUAAAGAAUGGAACAAGGACAGAAGAAGCAGAGACUUGGAAGAUGUGCUUCGUGCUGCAGCUCAUGACAAUGACAGUGCUGAUGUAAUUGUUAAAGGUAUUCAAGAUAUAGUGAAGAUACCCAGUGUGACUCAGAGUCUAAAAGGAAUAUUAACUGCUGGAGCAAUCAAGUCCAUCAGAUAUUCAUGGUCAAAGCUGAAGAAAAUGUGGAAGAGUUUACAGAGAUGACUGAAUUUGAUAUAUGCCGUAUAUUCAUCUUUCGUGCCUAAAUUGCUUCCUUUUAAAUAAAUAAUUGCUGAAGUAUGUAAAAACAAUAAAUUUGUAUAAUGUA